CGCAGAGCCGAAAGUUUUAGAGGCUCCCGCUGAUUGGGACAUUGUACGCUCAUUGCUUGCUGCCCAUUCAUGAAAUCGGCCCGAGCAUGGCGCGAGCUCGCCACGGCACGCCGCGGGGCCGGCCGCCCUUGCUGUCGCCCGAACUUCGGCAACAAGGCUGGUCCAUGCAGUCAGAAGAAGGUGAAUGGUACUACGUGGGCCGCGUGAUAACGCGGGACCGGCCCAGCCGCGGCUGGCCCGCCGCGCAGCUGCUAGGGCGUGACCAAGCUGACGAAUUGUACAAGGAGGCCGUCGCGGUCGCGGUCGCGAAAUGCGCGAAGGACACGGCGGGCCAGACAUGCUACAUCUGUUAUGGCGAGGGCGAUGAAGAUGGUCUCGUGCGUGGGUGCGCGUGCCGCGGGGAGUCUGGCAUCGCGCACAUUUCGUGCCUGGCGGAGCAGGCGAGACGUUUAGUCGUGCAUGCCGAGGCCGAGGCAAGGGAUUUGGAUGACGAUGCGUUAGAUGCGGCGUGGAAGAGGUGGUGCAUUUGUGGCCUGUGCGAGCAAGACUACCACGGGGUCGUAUCGUGUGCACUCGGGUGGGCGUGCUGGAAGACGUACCUGGGGCGGCGGGAGGAGGACGAGGCUCGGAAUUUCGCGAUGACGGUGCUCGGGAAUGGUUUAUACGCUGCAAAUUACUACGAGGACGCGUUGUCCGUGCAAAAGGCCGAGUUGUCUAUGCGGCAGCGCCUCGGCGAUGCAGAAGACAACAUUCUCGCCGUGCAGACCAAUCUUGCGAACACGUAUCGAUCACUCGGACGGCUCGAGGAAGCUCUACGGCUGCGACAAGAGGUAUACUCCCGAUAUUUGAAGCUCAAUGGGAAAGAACAUGGAUCAACCCUCUUGGCAACCAACAACUACGCGGUGUCCCUUAAUCUUCUAGAGCGCUUCGAAGAAGCCAGGUCACUGCUGCGCCGAACGAUUUCCGUGGCGCGGCGCGUUCUCGGAGAGAGUCAUGACCUCACGCUCAAUAUGAGGAAGACUUACGCGAUAGCGCUCUACUGCGACAAAGGCGCCACGCUCGACGAUCUCCGCGAGAGUGUGACGACGCUCGAGGAUGCGAAACGGAUCGCGCGGCGCGUACUCGGGGGCGAGCACCCGACUACAACGGAAAUUGAGUGGCACCUGCAAGAAGCGCUCCGCGCCCACGAGACGUCAGACGACGAAACCCUGGACGUCUCGGCGCAGGAGGACGACGCGGACGACAUCGAGUAAGCUAGAUAUCAUAUAAAACCUUAC